AUGGAAGACGAAGAAGGAGUGGAAGGCGAUAGAUAUGAGGUCAAGGCGAUCGGCGAUUCCGUCAGUCAGUCAAUGCUCAUUCGGGUGAUAGCACUGACCGCACUCGUCGGCUCCGUCGCCGCUGUCUUCGAAUGCUCGUCGUCCGAGACGACCGCCUUCGUGCGAAUCCCGCGCGCUCGUCUUGAUGGCACUCCCGUCGUCAUCUCCACCGCUGGACAUGACCUAACGUGCGCUCAAUAUUGCCGCAACAACAUCGAGCCAACGACCGGAGCUCAGCGAGUCUGCGCUUCGUUCAACUUCGACGGUCGCGAGACGUGCUACUUCUUCGACGAUGCUGCAGCUCCAGCUGGAACCUCCCAGCUCACCGCCAACCCAUCGGCAAACAAUUUCUAUUAUGAGAAGACUUGCAUUCCAAAUGUCUCGGCACAUGAGGCGUGCACUUAUAGAUCGUUCUCGUUCGAGAGAUCUAGAAAUACGAUGCUCGAAGGAUUUGUGAAGAAGUCGAUCAAGGUCGAGAGCCGCGAGCACUGCUUGUCAGCUUGUCUUAAAGAGAAGGAGUUCGUCUGCAAGGCUGUCAAUUUCCGCUAUGCGAACAACUUGUGCGAAAUGUCGGUUGAAGACCGCCGAUCGAAGCCAACUCAUGUCCGAAUGAACGAUGGGGUCGAUUACUACGACAACAACUGUCUUUCUCGACAAAACCGUUGCGGACCAUCUGGAGGAAAUUUGGUGUUCGUGAAGACCACCAACUUCGAGAUCCGUUACUACGAUCACACGCAAUCCGUUGAAGCCCAGGAGUCGUACUGCCUGCAGAAAUGCCUCGACUCGCUCAACACAUUCUGCCGUUCGGUUGAGUUCAAUCCAAAAGAGAAGAACUGCAUCGUUUCCGAUGAGGACACCUUCUCGCGGGCCGAUCAGCAAGGACAGGUGGUCGGAAAGGACUAUUAUGAGCCAAUCUGUGUUGCCGCCGACCUAUCGUCGUCGACUUGUCGCCAGCAAUCCGCUUUCGAGCGAUUUAUCGGAUCAUCGAUUGAAGGAGAAGUUGUCGCAUCUGCGCAAGGUGUCACCAUUUCGGAUUGCAUUUCGCUGUGCUUCCAGAACCUCAACUGCAAAUCGAUCAAUUACGAUCGUACCGCUUCGUCAUGCUUCAUCUACGCCGUCGGACGUGCUGAUGCCAAUAUCAAGGCCAAUCCAGCCAUGGAUUACUACGAGUUCAAUUGUGAAUCGCAAUUCGGAGGAAUGGCUUUGUGCACCAACGAAGGAAUCCGAUUCAUUGUCAACACCAAAGAACCAUACACUGGCGCGAUCUAUGCCGCUGAGAGAUUCUCGACUUGCUCGCAGGUUGUCGAGAACGCCAAACAAAUCUCGAUCACGUUCCCACCACCCACUGUCACCUCGGAUUGCGGAACUGUGAUUCGCGAUGGAAAAAUGGAGGCGUUGGUUGUCGUCUCGCUCGAUGGAGUUCUUCCGCAUCAGGUCACCACUGAAUGGGAUCGCUUCUACCGUGUCUCGUGCGAUGUCAGCAUGGACAAGAUGGUCAAAGAGGGUUCUGUCGUCGUUACCACCAUCUACGAGGCUUCGUCUCAGAACACCACCGUUUUGGACGUCGCCACUCCACCGCCAGUCACCGCCGAGCUCCAAAUUCUCAAUCAGCUCGAGGAGCCACUUCACAAGGCUUCCAUUGGAGACCCACUUCUUCUUGUGAUCACCUCUGAGCAAGCCGGUCCACACAACAUGAUGGUCACUGAAUGCACCGCCACGCGUGUCGGCGGAUUCGGUGACACCGUGCCAUUCACGCUCAUCGAGAACGGAUGCCCAAGAUAUCCAGCACUCGUCGGACCAGUCGAGCAAGACUUCGACAAGAAUCGCCUCAAGUCUGAUUUGCGCGCUUUCCGUCUUGACGGAUCCUACGAUGUCCAGAUUGUCUGCUCAAUCAUGUUCUGCGCCGGACCAAAUGGAUGUCCAGUGUCGAACUGCUUGGACUCGGGAACCAACGAAUUGUUCAUGUCGCACGGAAGAAAGAAGCGUUCGGUUGAUGCUGAAGCGGGAGAAACUGAGGAGACCCUUUCGGCAAUCAUUCGAGUAUUCGCUAAGGGAGAAGAUGAGGAGGAGCAAGAAUUGAACAACCAAACAAUGCAUAGCAUGGCCGAUAUGACCGACAUGGUGUGCUUGUCGGAGAUGUGGUUCGUCUCAUCCGUGGUAUCCGUCUCGAUCGUGUGCCUCAUCCUUUCGGCACUCAUCGUCGUCUGGGGCUGCCAUAACAUCCACUCGACGCCAUCCAAGGAUUUGCCAAUGUGA